ACAUACUAAAAACUUACAAACAAUUGGAAGAAGGGCAAAUAAAUUCAAAAACAUCUAAUAAUGUAGAGAAACAUAAAUAUAUGCAACCUUCAAUUGAAAUUUUAAAUAAAUACAAAGCUCAAUCAAAACCCAAAAACACACAAAAAAAUACCAAAACAUGGUUUAAUCGUUUUAAGGAAUAUGUUUCAGAUACACAACCAUCUAUCAACUUAUCUAACCUUUAUGAUAAAAGUGUUAUUUCUAUAUUAUUAUCUGAAUUUGUAGUAACUGUAAAAAAAAGAGACGAUGGUGAUUUUAAGUCAGACUCUUUAUAUAAUGGUAUAUGUGCAAUUAAUAGACAAUUUCAAGAAUUUUUCAAGCAUCAAGCACCCUUCAAUAUUCUUCAAGACUUUGAGUUUUCCACAUUUAGAGAUAUCUUACAUGCACGAAUGAUAGAGCUAGAAGAAAUGAACAAUGGUAAAUCUAAAUCUGCAGACCCUCUUUCUGAAGAAGAGAUGUCUCAUAUUUUCAAUCACCCAGCUUUAUCUUGUGACAUUCCAGAAGGCUUAUUUAGAAGAAUCUUUUUAUGGAUAGGUUGUUGCUCUGCCAGGCAUGGAGGCACUUAUCAGGAAAUUAUGUAUGAUCAUUUCAAAAAGCAUGAUGAUGGUGGGUUUGAUCUUGUAAUUAUUCAUGAUAAAACACACCAAGGGGGUUUAUACCAUUGUUCACAUUCUGGUUAUAAACAACCACUUAGCCAUAUUAUUCCACCAGAUGAAAAAGGAACUAUUGGAGCUUGUGCAGAUAUUCAAAAAUAUAUUGAUAUGCAUCCUUCUGAUGCUGAACCUAACUUUUUUUUACAAUUUAGUAAAAAUCCUGAAGAUUUAAAUACUGGCAAAUGGUUUACUAGAAAGCAUGUUGGUCAUGACAAACUAUCUAGAAUGUUACAGGAAAUAUGUACUAUUACUGGGAUUGAUUGUGUCAAUCAUAACAUCAUCAAUCAUUCAAUAAGAAAAACAAUUGCACAAAAGUUAAAUGAUAAUGGAUUGGAUCCACAAGCUAUAAUGAACAUAACUUUACAUUGCUCUAUUACUGGACUUAAUUGUUAUAGAUCACAAAAUGAAAAUCAAAGAAUUACUGUGGCUAAACUUACUCUUCCAGAUAUUUCAGAUAAUGAUUCAAAAUCAACAGAUGUUAUAAAUGAUGAUUCGAUGAAUAAUGAUCAAGAUGCAAUUUCCAGUGAUACUAGUGUUAAUGAUUCUAGUAUUUCUAGUGAUGUUUCUGAUUGUCCAGAUAAAAGUAUUGGUUCAGAUCAUGCAUUCAAUGAUAUUUCCAAUAUUACAUUACCAUUUAAAAGAUCAAACAAUUAUGAUGAAAUUGAAGGACAUAAAUUUAAAUUUAUUAAAU